AUGGCUCCUGGAAACCAGUCCGAGGUGACCGUGUUCAUCCUGCAGAGGUUUGUGGAUGACCCUUGGCUCCAGGACGCCCUCUUCGGUCUCUUAUUCAUCUUGUUUGUCACGGCCCUUCUUGGCAAUGUCCUGAUCAUCACAACCAUCCGCGGCAGCCCCAACCUCCAUAGUCCCAUGUACUUCUUCUUGGCCAACCUGGCCCUGAUGGAUGUUAUCUGCACUGUGACUGUCCUGCCCAAAUUCCUACAGAGCCUCGUAGCUGAGAACACCAUCUCCUUUGGGGGCUGCCUUGUCCAGAUGUUUGUCUUCUCCUGGGUCCUGGGAUCUGAGUUGCUGCUUUUCUCUGCCAUGGCCUAUGACCGCUACCUGGCCAUCUGCCGGCCCCUGCACUAUGGCACUCUGAUGAGUGGCAGGGCCUGCGUGUCCCUGGCCACCUUCGCGUGGUCCACAGGGGCUCUCAACUCCUUGGUGCUCACCUGCCUGGUCCUACGUCUGUCCUUCUGUGGCCCCAAACUCAUCACACACUUCCUCUGCGAGAUUCCACCGGUGUUGCUGCUGUCCUGCAGCCCCACCUUCAUCAAUGACAUCAUGACGGUUAUUGCAGACAUGUUCUUGUCUGGCCUGAACUUCCUGCUGACCAUGGCAUCCUAUGGUUGCAUCAUUGCCAGCAUCCUGCGCAUCCGCUCGGCUGAGGGCAAGCGGCGUGCCUUCUCCACCUGCUCGGCUCACCUGGUGGUGGUCACGCUCUACUACUCUACGGUACUCUACACCUACGUCAGGCCAGCCCUGGGCUCCACUGGGCUCCUGGACAAGGCCAUCGCCAUUCUGUACACUACCGUCACUCCCUCUCUCAACCCGCUCAUCUACACCUUGAGAAACACAGAAUUCAAGGCCUCCUGCAGGAAGCUCCUGUCUUUUGCCAGAUGA